AUGAAAAAUCAUGAGAAUCGACCUACUGGAUCUGCACCAUUCCCUGAGGUGAAUAAUGUGCAUGUUCAUCAUACUAGGCGUGAAAAAGAUUGCGAUCCUGGUCGUGGACGUGGUCAUGGUCGUGAUGACCAAGAAAGAAACCAUGUUCCUGAUGUUAAUCACUCAUCGAACAAAAAGAAAAAAAAUGAGGAAUGUGAAGCAAUUAUUUGUUUCCGAUGUGGUGGAAAAGGACACUAUUCACGUGAUUGUCGUGCUCUCAAGUACUUGAUUGAUCUUUAUCAAGUAUCACUAAAGAAGAAAAAGAGAAAUCCUGAGGCUAACUUUCUCUUUGAAAAUGAUGCUGACAUUACAAGCUUGGAUGUAGCAGACUUUUUCGAGCAUCCUGAAGAAAAGAUUAAUCACUUAAUUGGUGAUGGUUCCGUAAAUAUGGAAGAGUGA